AAGCAACAACAUUUGACACAUCGUCAUAUGUUUGUACGUACGUACAUGUGCAUAUGCAUGUAUACGUUGGUUGAUCGCGAUUAUUGUUGCCCAUAUAUAUUCGGUAAAUCGCGAUGGAACACACCCAUCACGUACUUAUGCCAUUGUCAUAAAUAACACGAAUUCUCCGCUCGUUGACUAUUCGCGAUCCAUCUACGUAUGGAUACGUAGUACCGAUAUCGUACGGUCUCGGCUUGUUCGGCUGUGUAUUCGAACGCUUUGUCCCCGGUUAUCAGCAGCGCGCGAUCCGGAACGGAUUGUCAAACUAGUCAACCCUAUUGUCGACAAUAAAAGAAUAGCGCUCGUUCGAUCGUUUGUCUAUUUGUUUUUUUAAGAAGAAAUCUGUCGCAUACUCUCGGCAAUAUAGUAAAAAUAAUAAAAUCAUUCAAUGGUUAACCAAAUACCUGUGCCACAGGCCAAGUAUGAAUUACUAACCGAUAUACGACAACCACGCUGGAGAACGCAAGUCGUUUGUCUUACUUUGACAUUCCUGAUCGUCGGGAUUCUAUUUAUUACGCGCGCUUGGUUCGGCAUACUCGUUCUGAGGGCCCCGAAAGCCGAUAGAUUCGUGGAGGAACAAAUUGACAAUGCCAAGAUUGCUACGUGGCUACGUCGGGCUCGGAUGUACGCCGAAUCGACGAAGGAGAAUCAGAAUGCGGACAGGAAUACAAGUGUCGGUGCAUCGGAACAAUACCACCGCAAUACCACCAGCCAGGUCAUCGUAUGCUACUACACAAUACCGUGGGACCUGAACACGUCGUGGGAGCUCAGUCCGUCGCACAUUGACCCUCAUAUUUGUACGCAUAUUAUCGUGGGUUUUGCGAGCGUGGUAGAUAACAUGCUCGAUAUAGGAGACAAUGCGUGGGUAUACAAGCAAGUAGUCGCUUUAAAGAAUCGCGAACCUAAAUUGAAGGUCAUGAUCAGCGCCGGCGGAAAUAAUGAGCUCCAUGAUGGAUUUUCCGAGAUGGUAAAGACACAUGCAAAUAGAAAAAAAUUUAUAAGAUCUGUAUUAAAUGUAACCAAGACUUACCAUUUGGACGGCUUCGACGUUGACUGGGAGUUUCCGGCAUGGAUAGGAGCCGACGAUCGUGAAAAAAUACAUUUUGUUCAGCUGUUACAGGAAUUACGAAAGGAAUUCGAUCGUAGUGGUCAAAAAUUACUCCUGACAGUGGCAGUAGCGGCACCGCAGGCCAUUGUAGAUCAAAGUUAUAAUGUUCCUGAAAUGGCAGAGCAUGUCGACUUUGUGAAUCUCAUGUCAUAUGAUUAUCAUUUUUAUGUUUGGUACUUCCCAGUCACGGAUCUGAACGCUCCUCUCUUCCCUCGUUGUACAGAAACGGGUUAUUUAUCCACAUUAAAUGUGAAUUUUUCUGCUCAAUAUUGGGUGGCCAAGGGGAUGCCACGGGAAAAGAUCGUCGUCGGCAUACCAGCUUAUGGUCACUCUUACCAGCUAGACAAUCCAUUGAAUCACAAUUUACAAGCUCCAGCUAGUGGAUUCGGGAAGCUUGGCAUAAAAGGCUUUGUAACUUAUCCUACAGUUUGUCAAUUUUUAAAAUCUGGAGCUGUAAGUGUCUUCAAUAAAGAAAGUCGUGUACCAUACGCGUUUAAAGACAAGGAAUGGAUAUCUUACGAUAACGAGGAGAGCAUCUACUACAAGAGUACAUGGAUUCGUACAAGUGGCUUCAAGGGAGCUAUGAUUCUGUCUUUAAAUGUUGAUGACUGGAAUGGCACUUGCUAUAGCACAAACGAAACGUUUCUUUUGACACGUACCAUUUCGAAAGUAUUAUUUAAAGAGUCGGACAGUAAGCAGCAGAUUAAUAGAAUUGGACAGUCAAUAGGAUUGUAAUUCCUCAACUAUGCGCACAAUGUUGAUUACUCUAUCUAGCUGUUCUUCGAAAGCUUUAAAAUAUUUUACAUUAAAACGAAUACAUUCCUAUUGAAAAUGUUACAUUCCUAUCUAACAUAUUACUUGAUAUUUUACACUCUAUCUCAGUUGCUCAAAGAUCUUUCCGUACAAAUAAGUUGCUAAGAUAUUUAAAGCACAUACAGUAUUAUAUAUGCUCUAGUAGAGUGUAGCACUUGUACCUGUGAUUGAGUCAAAUCAAAGAUAUUUAUAAUAUACGCGUUAUAUUAUAUAUUAUGCAUAAAAUGUUAAAUAUAAUAUUUCCUACGUUGUUAUUAUAUAUUUAUCAUAUAUUGUUUUCAUAUAUUUCACAAGGAAAUAGGUAUCUGAGAUAAUAUAUCGUGGAUUAGAUAAUAUCAAAGAGAAACAACAUAAAAAAUUAUAUAACCAGUUCAAAGAAAAAACAUGCCAUUUAAUUAAAGAUUGUAAGCAUGUAUAAUAGGAUCUGUCAUCUGUUUUAGAAUAAAGAUCUGAGACUCGCGAAUAA